AUGGAAGGCCCAGGCUGCUCUGGGAGUAGUAGUUCCGCGGCACACUUGUUCCCGUUGCCUCGGCGGUCGCUCCACACCACGAAGCCGAGACACAGCGACUCCUCUACCGGGACCCUACCGCCCCGCGGGGGCCGGCCGCGCAAGCGGGGGCGGGCCUCUGCGCGGUGCGGCCAAUGGGGACUGGGCCUGAAGGCCGGGGCGGGGCGGCCGCGGCGCGACGCCCGGAGUGGCGGUUGUUUCAAGAUGGCGGACGGGGCGAGCCCCUCCCGCCGGGGCGCGGCGGCGUUCUGGAGCCGGGACUUUUCUGAUGAAGAACAAUCAGUAGUGUAUGUUCCAGGAAUUUCUACAGAAGGAAAUACCAAAUCAAGACACAAGUUAAGUCCAAAAGCUGACGUUAAACUUAAGACUUCCAGGGUUACUGCCUCUUCAAUCUCCAUGGAGUCUUUAAAAGGUGCAGGAGAUUCAGUAAAUGAACAGAAUUUCUGCGGGGGAGGAAUAAAGAGUGCGUCGUUGAAGGAUUUAUGUCUCGAAGACAAAAGACGCAUUGCAAAUUUAAUUAAAGAACUGGCCAGAGUAAGCGAGGAAAAGGAGGUGACCGAAGAACGAUUCCGAGCUGAGCAGGAAUCAUUUGAGAAGAAGAUCAGGCAGUUGGAAGAACAGAAUGAUCUGAUCAUCAAAGAAAGGGAAGCUCUUCAGCUACAGUAUAGAGAAUGCCAAGAACUUCUAAGUCUCUAUCAGAAAUAUCUAUCAGAACAGCAAGAGAAGCUCACCAUGUCUCUCUCAGAACUUGGUGCUGCUAGAGUGCAGGAACAACAGGUAUCCAGUAGGAAAAGCACUCUUCAGUCUUCAGCUAUGGAAUUAGAUGGUUCCUACUUGAGUGUAGCCAAAUCACAAUCCUGCUAUCAAACCAAGCAGAGGCCUAAGUCUGCAAACCAGGACUCAGCUUCAGAAGCCCUUCUGCAGUUUAGGAAUAAUUCUUUGAAACCAGCAGACUUCCGUUAUCCCAAAACAGACCUAGACAGGGUGUCAUCAAAGACCAGAACAUGUGAUUAUGGAUCCCCGGGGAGAAAACUAGCAGAUGCAGUCCCUACAGAGAAGGUUCCACCAGCAGAAUUGAAGAUGAAAGAAUGCCAACCCCUGAAGCCUACUCCAUCCAGUCAGUGUUGUGGUCAUAGGCUUUCUGAAAAUGUCGAUCCUAUUCAUGAAAGCCAUCCUACACACAUGGCCCCUCAAUAUUCCAGAACACAUCUGGAAUCAUGCAGUUAUUGUGGGCCCUCCUGGACAUCCCUGAUACAUGGUCAAGGGACCCAGCAGUCUGGUGAAACUGAUGUCAAAAAGCAAGUCUCAGAAAAUAGAAGACAGCAACUUAUGCUUCAGAAAAUGGAGCUGGAAAUUGAAAAAGAGCGCCUUCAGCAUCUGCUGACCCAGCAGGAGACAAAGCUUCUCCUAAAACAGCAGCAGCUUCAUCAGUCUCGACUGGAUUACAAUUGGUUAAGAACUCAAGCUGUAUUUAAGUCAAGAGAACUCCUUGCUGCUAAAGAGUUUACCAAACCCCGAGAAUUCAAUCUGGAUAUGAAUGGGGAUGACUCUGGACCAAGUUUAUUGAAGUCAAAAUGUGAUGGCUGGCUGCUGGGAGGAUCAUCGUCCAUCAAAAAGUACCAAGAGUCCACUAACAGCAGUGAGAAUAGAAGGGAGAAGAAGACAGUUGGGUUUCAAUCACAUACAGAAGAUGAUACCCUAUGGACAUGUCAAAAGAAAGAUACAUAUCGACCCCAAAGAGGAACAGCGGCAGGUGUUAGAAAAGAUGCAUCCACAUCUCCUAUGACAACAGGAAGCCAAAAGGAACUUGUAAUCACAAGCCCAUCAGUCCAGCGGCACCACAGUUCCCGAUAUGAGACAUCUCUGCUGGAUUUGGUUCAAUCUCUGAGUCCAAAGUCUGCUCCCAAACCUCAGCCCCAUCCCUCCAGAGAAGCUGGGGCCUUGAAUCACAGUACUCGUCGACUCAGUCCUCGAAAAUCAACCUGGAACAAGAUGGGGACAGGCAGGACCCCUGAAGACCUAGAGGAGAAUCAAAUUCUGGAAGAUAUCUUUUUCAUUUGACGUUGAAACACAUGCUACAAAAUUUCCAUCCAAAAUGUGUGGGCUUCUUUAUAUCCUGAUCUAGGAUUUUAAAUUAUUUGAUUGCAAAGUAACUGUGUCUCUCCUUUCACAGGGGCCUCUCUCACUAACAUCCUGUUACAUGUUGAACAUAGUAAUCAUGCUACAAACCCAGAGUGGUUUUGAUCAGACCCAUCAGAAGGUAACACAUUAAGGGGUGAUAAGGGUGAUCUUUUCUAUGCCAAGCAGAGAUUAGAAAAUUAACAUAGGACACUUUCUACAUGCAAAGGCCUUUGGAUAUUCAGCCUCAUUUCCAGAGUGUUUCCUUCUCAAUACUUUGUUAGAAGAGGUUGGCUUUCUUUUGUACACAAGGAAGACCUUUUCACGGAAAGAUUCCCUCUGAUUUAAAAGUAGCCCUUUUGUAACAUAAGCAGUUUCAGAAAGACAGACUCUUUACCUCUCCACCUCUCCUUUACCUCUAUUCCCUCAUUGCCUACUUCUAUGCACGUGUAGUCAUUUAAUUCCGAAGUUGUAAUUGGUGCCCUACCGUCACAAGCAACAAUGAGGACCAAUUGUGAGUCAGUUCCAGUGGUCAUCAGCCCUUAACCAAAGGGCACAAUGGGCUGGAGGGAGGGAUCCAACCAACCCUUGGAAACCAGCAUUAAGUCAUGUAACAGAGUGACUGCCCUCAGGAAAUAAAAUGGAGGCACAGGACUGACAUGUUUUUCCUGACAUCCACCCAUUUCCCAGGAUAAAUAAGAGCAAGAGCUCAGUACUUUUUAUUGACCUAAGUGUCUAUAUUUGUGAGCUGCCCAGGGCUGUGUCUGGGGGAGAAGCCACUAGAGAGGGGCAUCAGCUGCCACAGGCUGAGAGACUUUCCCUGGUCCUCCCUCUUACUUCAUGAGGACCAAAGGCCCUGGGUUGAUCAGGUCUUUUGGGUGCUCUGCUCAGAGUCACUGUCCCAUGACCCCAAAGAACCAUCUCUACUUGCCAGAUUCUCCUCCGCCAGCCCCAAGCAGAAUCCUCCUGGUCUUUCCAAUCUUUCCCACUGGGUCCUCCAUUUGACCCAGAGAAGAUCUGUGGAAGAAGUACACUUGAGACCUCAUUCUCUCUCUGUUCUCCUAUUUGGCAGAGCUCUUGAGAUGGGUCCUUCAGCUUACAGUGGGCUCUAGUGAGCUCUCACGCCGAUGGGCAGCAUGAUGAGCCUUGUAGAGCCAGUGAGUUAACAACCUCCCAGUCAUUGGAAGUCAGGGAGGUGUGUCCCCAGAUGUGUCUACUUGAUGACUUUAUUUGAUCUGGAGGGUGUCGCUUUCUGUUUCUCUCUCCCUUUCACCGAAUGCUAGGCCUGAAAUGGGAUCAAGAGUCUUUGUCAGUCAGCAUUGGUAGCCAAGGUCAGACCACCCAGGUUGAACUGCAUUUAGUGAGCCUGCAUGGCUUCCCUGAAUUCUUUAUCAAAACUAGAUAUCAACCUACAAAAGCCUUGUUAAACAGAUUCCUUAUCUGGGUAGAUCAAAAUCUCAUUGUCUCUUCAGGCUGAGGCCCUAUCACCUCUACUCAGCCUUCCUUCAGUUGGGUCUUUUUGCUCUUGGGAGAAGAUAAGAAUGGGAUCUACCAACACCAGUCCUUAAUCUGAGGUCAGGAUUGACUGACUAGUUUUAGGCAUCCAAUUGAAAAGUUGAAAAAACACUGCAGAUUAAAGUAUCCUUUUAAAGUUCACCCCAUGACAGAAACUGAGUCAAUUUCAUACCAUUUCAGAAAGCAUUUGGAAAAUUGAGUUUCCUUUGGUGUGGCAAAAUGGGAAGAAACAAACUGAGUGCCCUCAGCCAUUUUCUCAAUUAAAUUUAAGUUUCCAGAACUAUCUUUUCCUUGCCCCAGGUGUCAAGAGCACUUUAAGUACAUCCAAUUCCCUUGGAUCAGCCAUAACUAUACUCCGCCAUUUGGACACCAGUGUCUUUACAGUUCUCUAGAAUAAGGGGGUGCCAGGAGGACCAAGAAAAUGAUUAUGAUUUCUUUAAGAAGCUUGUUUGCCUUUAGAAGAAUCAUAAAUGAGACAAACUAAGGGCUUUUGGCAGGGGGCGGGGGUGGUCACGUGCCACAGAUUGGAGUUUAAGUGCUUCUUUACCUCCCCCUGCAUGAGCAGUUUGGAAGAGCAAAGAUGGGUUUUCAGCAGAGCGUCAAUCAACAUAUUUUUCAUAUGCUACAUCCCCCCCACCGGUUGCCUUUCUCUAUCCUGUAGGCCCUUCCUGUGUGUCAGGGCAAUAGGAUGUGAAUUUGUGUCUAAUCCAAUGUCUUCCUUAUGAACUGAACAGUGUAUGUUAACGUCUUCAUCUGUCUGACUUUGAGAUAUAUAUAUAUGAAAAGGUUGUUGUAGAGCCUUGAGGCUGUUGUGGAGCCUAGAAGCUUGACCUACUUGCAGAUAUCCUCCAGAGAGAGGGUCUGACACGGAGGAGUCUGCCUUUCUUCCUGGUAAAGUGCUCCCAACAGUGACUGGUUGCCUCCAGCUUCUUCCUCAGAGCAAGACUAGACACCUAUUAGGGGUGCUGCAGAUAAUGCCCCAACAUUGCCCACUCUGCUGCCCCCCACCCUGUGAGAGAAAAACCAAUCCGUGUUUGCAAAUGGCAUAGGACAAAGUAUUUCCAAUGAAGCUCCUACAGGGGCCCAAAGUGCUUGAUUUAGGAAACGAAGGUCAAUCAAGGAAAAACUUUUUCUGGCAGUCAUCCUUCACGUAGGCACACUUAUAUUCAUCCAAACCUGCUCCCCUGUGGUGAGGACUUAUCUAGAAAACCCCAAAUGUCAUAGGGAAGGGAGGGGUUCUCUCCUCCCUCAGAGCCACUCUUUCCACUCGGCCCUGCUCCCAGCAUCAUGGCCAGAGACUCUGGGAAGAGAUAGGCCUAAAGGAGAGGAGCUGGAAAAAGUCUGUGGUCUUUAGUGAGGUGGAUGGAGGCUAUGGCAGACCCCUCCCAGUGCAUGCUUUAUCCUCACCUCAGAGAGUAUUGUUUUUACUGCGGGCAACUGUUUAUAUACGUAUGAGAUUUUAAGUUAAUAAUUAUCUCCAUGGCUAUUUUCCCCAUAUGGUCUUGAUAUCGAGUUGUCCCUUCAACACCCUUCAUCAGAUCAGUGGGGCAGAGCUUGAAAGCAAGAACAGUGCCCCAGGUUAUCAGAUGUUAUUCUCCUCAGUAUGUGUUAAAACAGCCGAAGCUUGGGUCAACAGAAACAAAACGGUUUGCCAUAUCCUGAUAGGUUUUCCUGGUUGACUUCAGCUCGCUCCCAUCACGUGGACACCAAGUCUCCUCUAGGUUGUGUGGUUGCUGGAAUGGAAGUUUUGAUCUUUGUGCACCUCUGAGUCCCUUCCAUGUGCCUGUCACCCAAACUACUCAGCAAGGAAGAACUAUCACAGCCCUUUGAGACAGGAAAAAUGGUCCUGUCUAGUUGGCUUUAGGUGCUAAGAGAUGUUAGGUGAGGGCUUGUGUGCCUGAAAUGCCCAGUUUUGAGAUCAUACUGGUAGAUUCAAUUAACAGCCGGAGACCCUCUCCUGCCCCUUGUUCCCCUGGUCAACCUAGCACCUCCACCUGCCCAAGGAGACUGCAGGUGCCCCUCAGAGGCAGAGGUGGUGAGAACAUAAUCAUCACUCAACCAACUCCAAGCCCUAUGCACCAUCUUAUUCAAUGCUUAUGAGAGUCAUACUUUUAAGAAAUCAUUUGCAUACGUGUUACUUAUAAGCCACCUCAAUUCCUUGAUGGAAUGAGGACAGGGAUACAUCUAUGCACACCUAAGUUUUCAAGGUGUCACCCUGUGCACCAAUAAUGAAAAUGAAGCAUAACAAACCCUAACUAAGGUCAUCAGCUAGUAAAGAAUAGAAUUCCAACUCAGAAUCUGGGGGUGGGAAGGUCAUUAUUCCCAUCCCCCCCCUCCUCCUUCCAGUCAAAUUCCCAAGUAGUAUCAAGUCCACCUCCUAUUUCUCAACCCGCCCCUUCGCUCUGUCUCUGCUGGUGCAACAGUCUGUGCAUUGGUCUUCCUGCCAGAUGGCCUGGAUUCAUCCUUGAACAAGUGACUCUACCCUUCUUUGCCUCACUCUUAUCUUUAAAUGGGGAUCACAACAGAACCUACCACGAGAGGUUAUUGGAGAGUGCAGUGAACUAAUGCAUGUCGAGUGCUCAGCACAGAUAAAUAAGCACUCAUAAGGGUUAGCUGUUACUGUUCUCCAGGAAGCUACCAGGGUCAUCUUGCCAUGUCACACCCUGGCUUAAAAGUGUUGGAUAGUUCCAGUACUUAGUUUCCUAUUGCACUUAAGAAAGCUUGGCCUUCUGAGCAUAAUGCACGAGGACCUUCAUGGUUUGGCCCACUGUAGACCUCCGGCCCCUUCAUUUCCCCACUGUUUCUUUCUCUUGACUUCUGUGCUGUGAACUUCCAUAGUUCCUGAAGGCACUAUGAUAUCCUUCUCCUGACCUUCUUGUGAGCUUUCUUAGCCGUUUGUACAUCCUUUAUCACCACAUUUGCUGUGCUAGAAAUGCCUGUUUAUUUGAUUCCCUCCUUUAGAUGGUAGGCCCCGUGGUGGCCAGGAUAAGAUGUAGGUCUUAGCUGUCACUCACUCCCAAGAACUUAGCAUGGUUCCUGGCACGUUGUAGGCUCUUAUCAUUAUUUAUCAGUUAGAUGGAUAGGUAGGUGCAUGGGUGAAAGGGAGGGAGAGGAGGGAGGGAAGGAAGCCAUUAAACAGAUCUGUGCCUCCAAAGUCCAGUAUUCUGUACUAUGCCAGGCGGCUUGCCCCUCUCUCAUAAAGGAGAAAGUGAGGGCUGUACUGAGGGGCUUAGGGACACCUCCAUUGCUCUCUCCUCAUUCCCACACUGACUCGCAUUUUCUUUCUAGAACAAACCUAAGAUUUAUAACUUUCUUGCUUAAAAAUCCAAAGGACUCCACAAUGCUUACAGGGCAAGGAGCAUACCCCUUAGAGUGACAUAUCAGGACUCAGCAUCUGACCUCAUCUCCCUCCUUUCUCUGCUACGUUCACCUUUGCAACUCACAGCUAUUGGCCACCUCCCAAAGACAUGCUGCUCUUUCCUAUCUGUGUGACUUUUCCACAUCUCUCUCUCUCUGUCAUGGAUGAAUCUUUCCAGACCUAGCUCAGCUGUCACCACUUCCAUAUUUUCCUGAUCCUGCCCUCCCUCCAGGCAUCCUUAUAGACUCUUUUCUCCUGGCUCCAAUAAUGCUCCAGGAGCCUUCCGUCAUAUCCCACCUCAAACUGUGCUGUAUUGUUUGUCUCCCUGUUAGAACAGUAAGUGUCCAAAGGUGACAAAUACUGACCUUGGAGUCAACUCAGACUUCCCACUUGCGAGCUGUACACAUUGAGACAGGUUAUGCCUUACAAAUUUAAACUGGAUUAUAAAGUUAAGCUUUAUAAGUUAUACUCUCUAAGCCUCAGAUAGAACAAUUUAUAAACUUACUUGUCAAAAGGGGGUGGUCCUUCCUACCUUACAGGUUGGUGCCUGGAAUGCUGAUCUAGCCCAGAGGAAAGCGAGAGUGAUAAGGCAAAAGUGUCAACGCAAGGAGGCCCAGGCGGGGUGUCCAGAGGAGCCAGAGGGGGGCUCCGUGGAAUGUAAGGGACUGGAAGACCCAGGAGUAAAGAGCAUUGUUGGGGUUUGUGAGAGAAGAAGAGGCGCGUGGCUGGAAGCCCAGGGCCCAGGCAGGGCGUGGGCACCAGCCUCUCCCUCCCCUUCCUCUGCGCUCCACAGCUGGUGGCCUUGGCGGGUACCUCACUGGCGCCACCGCACAGACAGUGGCCUGACCCCCUGACCAGGGCGUCCACGGUCCAGGGUCCUGCGCCUGCGCUGCAGUUCUGCGCUGUACUCUUCCCCGCUUCGUGUCCUUCUCUUCCCCAGCGCUGAGAUGAGGAGCUGGAGGUAGGGAAGGCCGGCUGUCCUAGUGCUUGUCGCUGCCGCCUGAGGCCGGAUGAACUCCACAGCCCCAGUUUGCAGCCUUCUCCUCCCAGCCAGAUGUGAUCUAAGCGCGUUGGAUUUAUAUAAUAUUGGGAAAUGGUAAACUGUGUAAAUUUGCUAUGUUUUCCAGGGACAUUUAUUUAUGGAGAGGCAUUUUUAACUCAAGUGCAGAAGUGUUAAAUCAUUAUAAUAAAUUCAUGCUA